AGGCUUCCAAUCGUCCAGGCAGACGACCAAUUCAUUCGCUCGCCACGGUCCACGGCGCUUCCGUCCCUCCCUUCGCCUCCGCAGAAUCGUGGGCGAAAUCCCACAUCGCCGGAGCCGAUCGCGCCGUGCAGGCGCUGGGGUUUAGGGUUAGGCUUGGAGUUUCUGGAAAUGGAAGCCUCCGAUUCCGGCGGGGGCGGCGCCGGGGAUGUCGUCGGGGAGCCCGUGUGGGACUGGGGCAACCUCCUCGACUUCGUUGUCCAGGAUGACGACUCCCUGGUCCUCCCGUGGGACGACGCCGCCGGGAUCGGAGCACCCGAUACCACCGAGGCGGCCGCGGCGCUGCUCCCUACCCCGCCCGCGCAGCCGGUGGAGGUGGGGCCGGAGCCGGAGAUGCGGCCGGUGCUGCCGCCGCCGCUUCUCCAAGUUCAGGGGAUCGGGUGCCGCGUGAGGAAGCGCGACCCGCGGCUGGUCUGCCCGAAUUACCUCGCGGGGAUGGUGCCGUGCGCGUGCCCCGAGGUGGACGAGAUGGCGGCCGCCGUGGAUGCGGAGGACGUGGCCACGGAGUUGCUGGCCGGCGCGCGGAAGAAGAUUAAGGCUGCCGGACGUCGGGGAAAAGCGGGAGCCGUAGGUGGUGGCGGAGUAACAGCAGGAGGAGGAGGUGCAGUAGGGGCUGGCCGUGCGGCGGCAGCAGAGAUGAGGUGCCAGGUUCCUGGGUGUGAGGCGGACAUACGGGAGCUGAAGGGGUAUCACCGCCGGCACCGGGUGUGCCUGCGUUGCGCUCACUCUGCUGCUGUCAUGCUCGAAGGCGUCCAGAAGCGCUACUGCCAGCAGUGCGGCAAGUUCCAUAUAUUGCUAGAUUUUGAUGAAGAUAAAAGGAGUUGCAGAAGAAAGUUGGAGCGGCACAACAAAAGAAGACGAAGAAAACCUGAUUCCAAAGGACUGUUUGAGAAAGAAAUGGAUGCACAAUUGGAUCUGUCAGCAGAUGUUAGUGGUGAUGGUGAACUUAGGGAAGAGAACAUGGAAGGCACAACUAGUGAGAUGCUUGAGACUGUUCUUAGCAACAAGGUUUUGGACACAGAAACACCCGUGAGAUCUGAAGACGUGCUUAGUUCACCAACCUGCACACAACCCAGUUUGCAAAAUGACCAAAGUAAAAGUGCAGUGGCUUUUUCAGCUUCCGUUGAGGCCUGCACUGGUGCAAAGCAGGAAAGUGCAAAACUUAUCAAUUCUCCAAUGCAUGAUACCAAGAGUGUUUAUUCAUCCUCGUGCCCAACAGGACGCAUUUCAUUCAAGUUGUAUGACUGGAAUCCUGCAGAAUUUCCUCGACGCCUACGGCAUCAAAUAUUUGAAUGGCUUGCUAGUAUGCCUGUUGAAUUGGAGGGCUAUAUUCGCCCUGGCUGUACUAUUUUAACCAUAUUUAUUGCAAUGCCACAACAUAUGUGGGACAAGUUAUCAGAUGAUGCAGCCAAUCUUCUUAGAAACUUGGUAAAUUCUCCGAACAGUCUUCUGUUGGGUAAAGGGGCCUUCUUCAUUCAUGUCGAUAAUGUGAUAUUUCAAGUAUUGAAAGAUGGAGCGACAUUGAUGAGUACCAGAUUAGAGGUGCAAGCCCCAAGGAUCCAUUAUGUUUAUCCAACAUGGUUUGAAGCAGGGAGACCUGUUGAACUCCUCCUUUGUGGAAGUUCUCUUGACCAGCCUAAAUUCAGGUCACUUGUGUCAUUUGAUGGGGACUAUUUGAAGCAUGAUUGUUUCCGUUUAACGUCUCAUGAUGCGUUUGAUUGUGUUGAAAAUUGUGGUCUUACACUUGAUUCUCAACAUGAAAUUUUCCAGAUAAACAUCACUCAAUCAAGACAGGAUACUCAUGGACCUGCAUUUGUGGAAGUAGAAAACAUUUUUGGAUUAUCAAAUUUUGUUCCUAUUCUUUUUGGUAGCAAGCAGCUAUGUUCUGAACUAGAGAGGAUACAGGAUGCUCUUUGUGGUUCUUCCUACAAGAACAAUGGUGUAUCUGGAGAGUUCCCUGGUGCUUCUUCUGACCCUUGUGAGCGCCGGAAACUUCAAAACACUGCUAUGUCUAGAUUCCUUAUAGACAUUGGAUGGCUUAUAAGGAAGCCUUCUCCUGACGAAUUUAAAAAUGUACUGAGUUUAACAAAUAUCCAGAGAUGGAUAUACAUGUUGAAGUUCUUGAUACAGAAUGAUUUUAUCAAUGUUCUGGAAAUAAUUGUGAAGUCAAUGGACAACAUCAUAGGCUCUGAGAUUCUUUCUAACUUGGAAAGGGGGAGGUUGGAAGAUCACGUUACAGCAUUUCUUGGAUAUGUAAGCCAUGCUCGGAACAUUGUUGAUCAUAGAUCUAAACAUGGCGAGAAAGCACAGCUUGAAACAAUAUGUGUUAUUGAUAAUUUUCCAAACCAGCCAAGCUUAGGCACUUCUGUGCCACUUGCCAAGGAAAAUACUAGCCUUGGUGGUGAUUAUGAUUUGAACUCAACUAAUGCGGUUUUCAAUGAGGAAGAAACUGUGCCACUUGUGACUAAAAAGGUCUCACACAGGCAGUGCUGCCACCCUGAUAUGAAUACUAGGUGGCUUAAACCCUCGCUGGUCGUUACAUUUCCAGCCGGUGCCAUGAGAAUGCAACUUGUUACGACUGUGUUAGUUGCUGCUGUGUUGUGUUUCACAGCUUGUGUUGUCCUUUUCCACCCACACAGAGUAGGGGAGCUUGCAGCUCCAGUAAAGAGGUACUUGUCUAGGGACUCGACAUCAUAGUUGAUGUUAGAUCAGUUCUUUUCCCCUCAUCCGGUUGCUUUCCCCUGUAUCAUAUGUGCAUUGUUAAGUAGAUGCAUAGUUUGUGCUUCUGAUGAAAAUCUGGAAGAGGGCCAACGUGCUGGUGCUUUUCCAAUUGGUUCAAACUUGCAUGUUUUUUCUUUUGGUCAGAAAUUCUAAGAACAGAUGUCAGAAGUCCUGACCUGCUAGUGCCCGAGUAUGUAACUGUUUAAAUGGUGUUCAGUGGAUAGAAAAUAGCUGUCGUAUUGCUGCAAAAACUGGGCUUCACUUGUGCGAUUCAGUCUUGUGGCAUUACUUGACAACUGGAAAUCCGUCUUUUUGGAGGAUGACUGUUGAAUCCAACCUCAACACUUGAUUCUGGCAAAAUGCCAAUCACCUUA